GUCCGCUUGAAGUGCAAACAGUUCGCAACGAACGCGCAAAGUGAACGGAACGUCGACGACCUCAAAGGCAGAGGCGCCCAAAAUAAUCCAGUGAAAAAAAGUGAAUAAAACCAAACCAAUUCAAAACAAUGGCCGCCAUUAAGGACAGUCUAUUGGCCCAGGUUGCCGAGGUGCUGCCCAGCUCCGGGCACAAGGUCACCGUGGUCGGCAUCGGCCAGGUGGGCAUGGCCAGCGCCUUCAGUAUCCUGGCACAGAACGUCUCCAAGGAGGUGUGCCUCAUCGAUGUCUGCAACGACAAGCUGCAGGGCGAGCUGAUGGAUCUGCAGCACGGCUCCAACUUCCUGAAGAACCCCCAGAUCACGGCCAGCACCGAUUUCGCCGCCUCGGCCAACUCGCGUCUGUGCAUCGUGACCGCCGGAGUGCGCCAGAAGGAGGGCGAGUCCCGUCUGUCCCUCGUGCAGCGCAACACCGACAUCCUGAAGAACAUCAUCCCCAAGCUGGUGGAGUACAGUCCCGAUACCAUCUUGCUGAUGGUGUCCAACCCCGUGGACAUCAUGACCUACGUGGCCUGGAAGCUGUCCGGUCUGCCCAAGAACCGUGUGAUCGGCAGCGGCACCAACCUGGACUCGUCCCGCUUCCGCUUCCUGAUGUCGCAGCGCCUGGGCGUGGCACCCACCUCCUGCCACGGCUGGAUCAUCGGCGAGCACGGCGACAGCUCCGUGCCCGUUUGGUCUGGAGUAAACAUUGCCGGCGUGCGCCUGCGUGAGCUGAACCCCACUCUGGGAACUGGAGAGGAUCCAGAGAAGUGGAACGAGCUGCACAAGCAGGUGGUGGACUCCGCCUACGAGGUGAUCAAGCUAAAGGGAUACACCUCCUGGGCCAUCGGUCUCAGUACCGCCUCCUUGGCCUCGGCCAUCUUGCGCAACACGAGCAGCGUGGCCGCCGUCUCCACCUCCGUUUUGGGCGAACACGGCAUCGAUAAGGAUGUGUUCCUGUCGCUGCCCUGCAUCCUGAAUGCCAACGGUGUGACCUCUGUGGUGAAGCAGAUCCUGACCCCCACCGAAGUGGAGCAGCUGCAGAAGUCUGCCAACAUCAUGUCCGAUGUGCAGGCUGGUCUCCAGUUCUAAUUGAAACCAUCCCAACUAACAGAUCCAUUCACAAACCACAAAUACAACACAAACAGAGCGGAAUGCUAAUUUUAGUCCAAUUUGGAGCCGCGGGGGAGCAGAAGCCAGUGAAGAGAUGCCUCGGACAGAGCAUCAAGUAUUUCUGACUACCAAUGUUUAUUUUUAGUACACCUCUCAAUUUAUUUAUUAUUUUUAUGGAUUAGUUUUUGUGUGCCCACACGAAUAAACUGUUUAAAAUUUAAGUUUAA